AUGCAGUCACUUUCACUGGAGACUGCAAUAAAAUGCUGCAACCCCCAGCCAAUCCUCCCAGCCAAUCCUCCCAGCCAACCCCCCAGCCAACCCCCCAGCCACCCCCAGCCAACUCUCCAGCCAACCCCCAGCCACUCCCCAACCACUCCCCAGCUACCCCCUAGCUACCCCCCAACCACCCCCCAGCAAAUCCACCAAACCACACAGCCACACCUAACCAGCCAGCCGCCCCCAACCACACCCAACCAGCCACCCACUCACACCACACUACUCGACCACACCACACUACCCACCCCUACCCCCACAUCCGACCACCUAACCACUCAACCCCCCCAACCACCUAGCAACCCAACCACAUCCAGCUACCCAGUCACACCCCUUAUACCCCCCACUUAUACCCCCCCCCAGACACCCAACCACCUAAAUACACCCGGUUGUGACCGCCACACCCAACCACCCACACAGCCACCCAAACAACCACCCAGCCACACCCCAGCUAUCCCCACCCCCCACUCAACCACCCAGGAACAUCAAACUACCAACUCAGCCACCCAAACACACCCAGCCACCCCCACCCCUACCCCCACCCAACCACCCAGUCACAACCUAACCACCAACCCCAGCCACCACACCUCUUCAACCACCCAGUCACACCCAACUACUCCCAACCAGCCACACAGUCGCACCCUGACAAGUCGCCCUGCCAAACAUCGACCAGCCACCCAACCACAUCCCGACAAGCCAUCUAGCCACACCCCUACUAGCUACCAAACCACAUCCAACCAGCCACCUACACCCAACCAACCAUCCAGCCACAGCCACACCCAUCCUCACCCAACCACCACACCUAUCCAGCCAGCCGCCCCCAACCACACCCAGCCACACCCAACCACUCACCUAGCAACCCAGCUACACCCAGCUACCCAGCCACACCCAAUUACCCAACCCCAAGCAGCCAGCCACCUACCCGCCUACCCACAUACACCCACCCAACCACACCCACCCAGCCACACCCAAUCAGAUACACCGAACCAGUCACCCAGCCACAACCAACCAGCCACCCACUCACACCCAACCAGUCACCUAGCAACGCAGCCAUACCCAACCACACCGAAACAGCCACCCAGCCACACUCAACCACAUAAUCACCCAGCCACACCCAAUCAGUCACCCAACCACUCACCCACACUCAACUACCUACCUAGCCAUCGAGCCACACCCGACCAGCCACCCAGCCACACCUGCCUAGCCACACCCAACUACCCACCCAUUCACACCCAGCCACUCAACCAACUAACCAUCCAACCACACCCAACCAGCCACCCAGCCACACACAACCACCUACCCCCACCCACCAAACCACCCAGUCACAUACAGCCACCCAACCACACCCAACCACACCCAACCAGCCACCCAGCCACACCCAACUAG